AUGGACGCGGUGAGAAGUUUGGCGUUUGUCGGGGCCGUGCUUCUCGGAGUGACGGGAACUUUGGCCAGAGAAGUAUGUCUGGGCACGGACAUGAAGCUGGCGCUGCCGUCCAGUCUGGAAAACCACUAUGAGACUCUGCAGCUGCUGUACACCGGGUGCCAGGUCGUACAUGGCAACCUGGAAAUCACACAUGUGCACGGAACCCGAGACCUCUCCUUUCUACAGGGCAUCGUGGAGGUGCAGGGGUAUGUCCUGGUGGCGCACCUCUCCGUAGACCUGGUGCCUCUCGACAACCUGCGCAUCAUCCGGGGGUCCCAGCUCUACAACGGCAGCUUUGCUCUGGCUGUGCUUGAGAACACACAGGCGGGACACGGGCUCCGGACCCUCAGGAUGCGCAGUCUCACAGAGAUCCUGGUGGGCAGUGUCUACAUCUGGAGCAACCCGCAGCUGUGCUUCCCGGACCCUCACAGCAUGGUGUGGCGGGACACGCUGGACGAGCAGAAGAGUCACGCCAUCAAACACAAGCUGCAGAAGCGAGCGGCCGACUGUCCGCUCUGUGACCCGUCCUGUACAACUCCUGGGGCCUGUUGGGGAGAAUCUGCACAGGACUGUCAAACACUGACCCGCAUCAACUGUGCGUCCGGCUGCCUGCGCUGCAAGGGCCCGUCCCCCAGCGACUGCUGCCACAUGCAGUGUGCAGCCGGGUGCACUGGCCCCAAAGACUCCGACUGCCUGGCGUGCCGUCACUUUAACAACAGUGGAGUUUGUAAAGAUAACUGUCCUCCUCCCAACAUCUACGACUCCGCCACCUUCCAGACCAAACCCAACCCCAACAAGAAGUUCAGCUUUGGAGCCACCUGCGUCAAGACCUGUCCAUACAACUACCUGGCCAUGGAUGUGGCGUGUACGCUGGUUUGUCCCAAAGCAAACCAGGAGGCCAUCCUCUCUCACCCCGACGGCAGCGAGACCCAGAAGUGUGAAAAAUGUGAAGGCGACUGCCCCGAAGUGUGCUAUGGUCUGGGCAUGGAGCACCUCGCUGUGGUCACUAUGGUUACGGCGGAAAACGUAGAACAAUUCAACUCCUGUAAGAAGAUCUUCGGCAGCCUGGCGUUCCUCCCGCAGAGCUUCUCCAGUGACCCGCUGACCAACACCACAGGCCUCAGUCUGGACCAGCUCAGAGCCUUCCGGAACCUGGAGGAAAUCACCGGAUAUCUUUACAUUGACGCGUGGCCUAAAAACUGGACCGACCUGAGCGUGUUUGAAAACCUGAAGGUGAUUCGAGGAAGAAUGCUUUACAAAGGCGUCUUCUCACUGGCCGUCCAGAACGUGCACAUCGAGUCUCUGGGGCUGCGCUCGCUCCACAGCGUCAGUGGAGGGUUAGUGAUGCUGCACAAUAACUCCCAGCUCUGCUACACCAGCUCCCUGCCCUGGGACACCCUCCUGCACCCCACCCAGGGACCACACCGCAUCGUCAGCCAGAACCAAGACCCCCAGACCUGCGAGGCUGAAGGGCAUGUGUGUCACGCUCUGUGCAAAGGCGGGUGCUGGGGUCCCGGCCCGAGCCAGUGUGUGUCCUGUCAACAUUUCCAGCGCGGGACGGAGUGCAUCGAACAGUGCAAUGUUGACCAGGGGCCGCUGCGGGAGUAUGUGGAUGGAACCAUGUGUGUGGCCUGUCACUCAGAGUGUCAGCCUCUCAAUGACACGGCCUCCUGCCACGGACCGGGCGCAGACAAGUGCACAAAAUGCCUUCACUUCAAAGAUGGCGACUUCUGUGUGGAUCACUGUCCCAGCGGCGCCAAAGUGGACCAGGUCUAUAUUUGGAAAUACAGUGAUGCGGACGGGAACUGCCAGCCCUGCAACACCAACUGCACCCUGUCGUGUACUCUGAUGGAUGAGAGAGGAUGUCCCGUUCAAACUGGACCUGGAACCACCAUCGCAGCUGCUUUUGGCGGUGUGGUGCUGUUCUGCAUCCUACUGGCUCUGCUCGUGUUUUACCUGAAGAGACAGAAGAAGCUGAAAAAGAAGGAAACAAUGAGGAGGUUCCUGCAGGAGCAUGAGCUGGUGGAGCCUCUGAGUCCCAGCGGAGCGUCUCCAAACCAGGCUCAGAUGAGGAUCCUGAAGGAGACGGAGCUGAAGAAACUGCGGGUUCUGGGAGCGGGAGCGUUCGGUACGGUCUACAAGGGCGUGUGGAACCCUGACGGGGAAAACGUCAAGAUUCCAGUGGCUAUUAAAGUUUUACGAGAGAACACUUCACCAAAGGCCAACAAGGAGAUUCUGGAUGAGGCGUAUGUGAUGGCGGGGGUGGCCAGUCCGUACGUGUGCCGCCUGUUGGGAAUCUGUCUGACCUCCACAGUGCAGUUGGUCACUCAGCUCAUGCCCUACGGCUGCUUGCUCGACUACGUCCGGGAAAACAAGGACUGCAUCGGGUCACAGUUUCUACUCAACUGGUGCGUCCAGAUCGCCAAGGGGAUGAGUUACCUGGAGGAGGUGCGGCUGGUGCACAGGGACCUGGCGGCUCGAAACGUGUUGGUGAAACACCCAAACCACGUGAAGAUCACAGACUUUGGUUUAGCUCGACUCCUGGACAUCGACGAGACGGAGUACCACGCUGACGGGGGCAAGGUCCCGAUCAAAUGGAUGGCGCUGGAGUCGAUUCUGCACCGACGCUUCACUCAUCAGAGCGACGUGUGGAGCUACGGUGUGACCGUGUGGGAGCUGAUGACGUUUGGAGCUAAACCUUACGACAUGAUCCCGGCGAGGGAGAUCCCCGAGGUCCUGGAGGGAGGAGAGCGCCUGCCGCAGCCGCCCAUCUGCACCAUCGACGUCUACAUGAUCAUGGUCAAAUGUUGGAUGAUUGAUCCCGACAGCAGACCUCACUUCAAAGACCUGGUGUGUGAGUUCAGUGGGAUGGCGAGAGACCCUCCUCGAUACGUCGUCAUACAGAACGAUGAGCAGAUGAGCGUGUCCAACCCGCUGGACAGUCAGUUCUUCCGGCUGUUGGAGGAGGAGGGCACCAACAUGAGUGAGCUCCUGGAUCCCGACGAGUACCUGGUCCCACAGCCCAACAUGUAUCAGCGGAGCCAGACCGACGGGGCCCAGUCCAACGGGCCGUCCAGACACCAGUCAUACAGGAGUCGAGACCAGGGUCUGGACCUGGACCCGUCUCUCCUCAACGGUCCCCGCAGCAUAAACUCUUCCACGAACGCACUGAGCCGGCUGCAGUACCCAACUCUGCCACUAGGAGCCAGCAUCUCGAACGGGCCGUGGCCCCAGUACCCCACACUGGCGCGCAGUCCCUCCGCGGGAGGCCAGUCAGACUCUGUGUUCCUGGAUGGGUCUCCGGACAACCCCUCUUUGACCCCCUCCAGCCCAGGACGCUACAGCAAAGACCCCACUUACCCCAAUGGAAGCCUGGGCGACCUGGAGGUGGACGGUCCGGUCAUGUUCCCCCCUCCACAUUACCCCCACAACACCCUCCCCAGGCCUCAUCGCUAUCAUGUCAACCACGCCCUACCAGAAUACGUCAAUCAGGACAACAACAACCUGCGGCUCACGAUGCCCGAGCGGGCCACCACACUUCCCCGGAAAGGCCCCAAAAUGGACCGGCGUCUUCCCCACAACCUCAACUCGGGACACAGUGUGGAAAACCCCGGAUACCUGGUCCCCUCCGCCUCCGGGACACCUACCUCUCCUGCCUUUGACAACCCCUAUUACUUGGACCUGGCAGCAAAGGCCAAAGCGGGGGUCUCUCCUUCCCUGGAGGAGAACGGGGACCUCGAAACAGACGGAGGGGCAGAUUGCUGGAAGCUUAACGGUUUCGUGACCCCUAUGGCAGAAAACCCAGAGUAUCUCGGACUUGCAGAUACCUGGAAGAAAUGCCCCUGCAGCCCCAUCUGGCCGGUCGACGAGCUCCAGGGGAAGAAAGAGUCUUGUGUGUCGCCCCAAGACGCAGCCUUUGUGUCACUCUGCUCUAUGUGGGAGGCGGCGGCCAUUUUAUUUCAGCGUGGAAAUGUAUGGCUCGACAAUGCACUGUCAAAACACCGUCUGUAG